CAAAGCAUAUUCCAAAUCCCACUGCUGCGCCUGUGAUCUUAUCUACUGCUUCUACUGCAUAUAAAGCUUCCAGCAUGUCCAGAUCGAUUCUCCCAGGCUAACCCACAUUCUUCAGCAGUCAGCAUGGCUUCGUCAGACUCAGUAGCCUCUACGGCUUCAUCGCCUUUCACUUUCGAACCAUACCAUCUCACCCCCUUGGACCAUGCCGUCGCCUCCACACACUUGGUCUUUUUCUUGCGAUUCAAUCUGACGGGCAAGAAUCCAUCCGAAGCCCUCCAUCGCCUAGACGAGGCCAUCUCCAGACUCAUUUCCCUCCAUCCGUUCCUCUCAGGGAAUGUCGCCCCAGCUGCAGACACACCAGACAGGGUGAAUGUCUUCCAGGUCCAGCCGGCCGGUAUAUCAGAUCUGCAGAAGACCCCCAUGCUAUCCGUCCAACAACACACAUCUGACCGUUCGCAAUGGACCCAUAAUGGUGAUCCUGAUGAGGAAUUCUUGCCUCUACCGAUCGUCAGUCCGGCUGGGCCAAAGCCUGUCCUUCGAUUCAAGGCCAACCUUGUCCGGGACGACCUCGUCCUCUACAUUGCGUUUGCCCACCAGGCAAUGGAUGGCUGGGGCAUGUCGAUGAUAUAUAGGACUCUGUCGCAGCUCUGUCGAGAUCCGAACUCUCCUAUUGACACAUUGCCAACCAUCCCCGACAUCCACAGGCAAUCCAGGCAGCGGAUCAGCGACCUUGCAUCUUCUAGUUCCCCAGGUGAGCUUCGUUGGACCUCAGCGACGCCUUCAUUAGAGUCCAACCAGCCAGACGAUCACGACGCCCACGGUAAUGUGAUCGGUCGCGUCCAUGAAUUCAGCGUAGGGAAGAUCAAGGCUCUCCAGGAAGCCUGCCAUUCACUCCUGUGCAGUCUCCCAGCGCCUUGGGCAGAACAAUUCAAAGACACCACCCUCUCCUCCACCUUGAUCGUUUCCGCACUUCUCGCGAUCUCAGGGACUCGAUCCCUUCCACAGAAUACCUCCGCCACAGAGUCAUCACCACCAUCACCAUCUCCAAAAGUCAUGAUCGCAGCCGAUACCCGAGCCCAAUGCGGAUUACCACCCUCAUAUACAGGCAACGCCAUCGUCCCACUAGAAGUGCCCUAUAAACCUGACCUCCUCCCCCACCCAAUCCCAACCAAACCCCCAUCUUCACUACCCGGCAUCAGCGAAGAAGACCUACACCACAUCUGUACCCUAGCCCUCUCCCUUCUCACCACAUUCAAACGUCUGAACAAGACAUACAUCCGCGGCGCCCUCGCAACCAUGAACCACACCCGAGACUGGACUUCGUAUAAACCCGCAUACCACGGCAUCCUCGUAAGCUGUCUUCGCGGAAUGGAAUAUUACGAAAACUUCGGACCCCUCUGCGAUCCGCUAGAGGUCGAUAUCCCGUCUCACAGUCUGCCGGGGCAUUUCUGGAUUUUGCCGGUGCGGUCGUUGCGAGAGCCGUGGAGGGUACGGAUUAUUCUGGACGAGGAUGCGAUGGGACGGUUUGCGGGGGAUGGGCUUGUUCGGUGGGCGUCGACAUCGUCGUCGGAAAGACAGAGCCAAGGUUCCUCGAGGCUGUGAUUGGCGUAGAUAGAGCUGCUACCGUUAGUACUAUGAGGCACAUUGACACAUGCUAGAAAUCUAGAUAGAC